GCGUGAGAUCCGGAACAGCAGCAGUUUUCUCGUAAUUUAUGGAUGAUGUGAGGAAAAUAACGGCAGCUAGCUAGUUGAGCUACAGAUUUUAAAGAGAUACAUAACAUUCAUUCACAGUUGAUAAUGUUUAGUUUAUCGGGAUAUAUCUGACUUGCUUGAGUUUAAACUUUGGAUUGCUUUUGAGAACGUCACCCAAACAACUAGCUAAAUAGCUAGAGCUAGUGAUACUGAUAGAGUACAGCAGCUUGCUAGCUAGACUACUAGUACUAGCUUUACAAGCAGUCAGCUCGCAAACGAGAUAAAACAUGAUUUUAAACUAGGCAGUCUAGUGGCAUGAUCAAGGAGGCACAAACACAACGGCACAGUGAAAUAGUUCGUUAUAAAUAGUUAUUAUAUGUACGAAUACAGACCGGUAAUUCCAAAUAAUUUCAAGGAAAAGUUGAUGCUGGAUACGAAUAUCUGCAGCGUGAACAAAUCCAACCGCAGCAGCUGAGAUGAGUCAGUUGUGGAGGCGAGGCAUGUCCCUGUCAGAGAGGCUGGGGAGUGACAGCCCCAUGGGUCUGGCCCCAGGGCCCCCGGCCACAGCAGCCCCGCCCGGGUCCAACUCCUCCUGGGUACCGGCGGCGCCCCUGGUCACCUCCGACGAGCCCAUCUUCCUCAUGACCUCCACGGCCCAGACGGUGUCUGGCUUCUUCGUGUGGACUGCCCUGCUGCUCACCUGUCACCAGAUCUACAUGCACCUGCGUUACUACAGCUCCCCUAACGAGCAGCGACACAUCGUCAGGAUCCUCUUCAUCGUGCCCAUCUACGCCUUCGACUCCUGGCUCAGCCUCCUCUUCUUCACCAACGAGGAAUACUACGUGUACUUCGACACCGUGCGGGACUGCUACGAGGCGUUUGUGAUCUACAACUUCCUCAGCCUGUGUUAUGAGUACCUGGGAGGGGAGAGUGCCAUCAUGGCUGAGAUCAGAGGAAAGCCCAUUGAGUCCAGCUGUGUGUACGGCACCUGUUGUCUCUGGGGAAGGACCUACUCCAUUGGCUUCCUCCGCUUCUGCAAACAGGCCACCCUCCAGUUCUGUGUGGUCAAGCCCCUGAUGGCCAUGAUCACAGUCAUCCUGCAGGCCUUUGGGAAGUACAGAGACGGAGACUUCAAUGUGUCAGGUGGUUACCUGUACGUGACCAUCAUCUACAACGUCUCGGUCAGCCUGUCCCUCUACGCUCUCUUCCUCUUCUACUUCGCCACCCGCGACCUGCUCGUCCCCUACAGCCCCAUGCUCAAGUUCUUCAUGGUCAAGUCUGUCAUCUUCCUCUCCUUCUGGCAGGGCAUGCUCCUGGCCAUCCUGGAGAAGUGUGGUGCCAUCCCUCAGAUCAACUCUGCCGAGGUGUCGGUGGGCGAGGGCACGGUUGCUGCUGGUUACCAGAACUUCAUCAUCUGCAUCGAGAUGUUCUUCGCAGCCGUGGCCCUUCGCUACGCCUUCACUUACAAGGUCUACAUGGACAAGAGGCUGGACUCCAAUGGGCGCUGCGCCCCCAUGAAGAGCAUCUCCAGCAGCCUGAAGGAGACCAUGAACCCGGGGGACAUGGUCCAGGACGCCAUCCAUAACUUCUCUCCAGCCUACCAGCAGUACACCCAGCAGUCCACCCUGGAGCAGCGCGGCGGCCCGGCGCUCUCCCGCAGCCACAGCACCCUCAGCACGCGCGGAGACACAGAGAAGACCCUGCUGCUCAGCUCCGACGACGAGUUCUAGAGGGACGCUCGUACACGCUCUACCUAAACUCACACACACACAGUGGUUGACCCCUGGGGGGUGAAUGGAGAAAGAGAGGAUUAAAUAGUUUUACAGAGA